CCCUUGAAGCGAUACCAUUGCCCGUAGCCAAAAUGGGGUCCUCUAUAUCUUACAAAGCACCUCGGAAUAUGCCAGGUGCCUCCUUAUAUCCCACAAUCCCUCUUCCCCGGAAGCGACGCCAUUCAGCAUGGGAAAAAUGGCGCUUUCCGCAUGCCUCGCAAUAUCCCAUAGCACCCUUCGAAUAAUGCCACUGCGCAUGAGCAAAAUGGCUUUCCCUACUUGCCUCGUUGUAUCCCACAACACCCCGCCAGGGCAGCCACUGCGCAUGCCCACAAUGGCGCCCUCCUCACCCACCCGCGGCCCCGCCCCGUCACAACAUGGCGCCCACCAGGCGUGGCGCUGCAUCCCACAAUGCCCCGCGCCCGCUCUCCGCCCGCAUCCCGUCGUCCUCCGCGGCGCCGCUCGCUCCGCUCUCCCCGCUGCCGUCGCCAUGCACGGCCGUUUGAAGGUCCGCCCUCCGGACGCGGCCCGCCGCCGCCAACGGGAGGAGAAACUCCGCCUCUUUCGUGCCAACAUGGCGGCUCUCCUAGAAAAGGCGGGACGUUGCCAUGACGACGCGGAGGUGCUGACGCUGACGGCGGCGGUGCUGGAGGCGAACCCGGAUGUGGGAACGGCCUGGAACGUCCGCAGGGCGGCGCUGCUGAGAAAGGGCGGGGAUUGGGUCCCGGAGGAGCUGGGCUUUGUGGGGCGCUGCCUGGGGGUGAACCCCAAAUCCUACGGCGCGUGGCACCACAGGGCAUGGGUGCUGAGAUCCCAUCCCGACCCCAAAACCGAGUGCGGAGUCUGCGAGCGGCUGCUGGAGGCCGACCCCAGGAACUUCCAUGCCUGGGAGCACCGUCGGGCUCUGGGGGCUCCGGGACCCCCGGAGGCUGAGCUGAGCUUCGCUGCUGCUUUGCUGAGCAGGGAUUUCUCCAACUUCUCUGCCUGGCAUCACAGGGGGAGGAUCCUGAGAGCGGCGGGGGGGGGGCUGCACCCCGAAAAGCUGCCGGAAGUGGGCGUGGCCGAGCGGGCGGUGCUGGAGGAGCUGCUGGGCGCCUGCAGGGAGCUGCUGGAGUUGGAGCCGCGCAGCCGGGGUGAGUGA